UGCCGCUGCAACCGCUGUCGAGUGAGGUUAUACCGGACCGUGCCCAGUUCUUACGUAGGUUAUGCACUCCAUGAACGACCCCACGUCCGCCCUGGCCGGGAUGCUGCCCUUCGACUCCAUCGGCCUGUACGAGCAGCCUAAGCCUAGGUUCAUCUUCAAGAUGCCCCGGGUGGUGCCGGACCAGAAGAGCAAGUUCGAGUCCGACGAGCUGUUCCGGAGGCUCAGCAGGGAGAGUGAGGUGCGCUACACCGGCUACCGAGACCGGCCCCAAGAAGAGCGCCAGGUGCGCUUCCAGAACGCCUGCAGGGAAGGACACACCGAGAUCGCCUUCGCCGCCACCGGCACCAACCUCCAGCUCGUCUUCACGCCGCCCACCACCGGAUACAUGCCCGACAAAGAGUGCGACUUCGAGAAGGAGCCCGGCAAGGUCCACAUCAAGGCCGCUUUUAUCAUGAACGGCGUCUGCGUGAGAUGGCGCGGUUGGCUGGACCUGGAGCGCCUCGACGGCGUCGGGUGCCUCGAGUACUGCGAAGAGCGAGCCGCCCAGGAAGACGCCCUUCUGCGGGAGCAGAUAGAACGAUACAACCAAAGGCUGCGGGAGUUCGAGGAUAAACAAAGGGGCUACCGCCAGCAGGAGCGGCCCGACCAAGAAUUAGAGUUGAGGAUGUCGAGCAACAUACACGGAGGGCACCACGGCCAUCACGGGGGGGUGUCGUCGAGAUGCCACGGGCCGCCGAGGAGCGAGCGUCGGAUGACCUAAUCCCGCCCCAGCCCUCAUCGUCGUUACUUGUGAUAUUAAUUUAAAUGUUAGUGUAUUUCUGUGUAUACGAUCCCCAACCCCGUUUCCCGAUUUCCCGACAUAUCUCGAUAAAUCCGUUCCAUCCGACCCGAUUUCACAGAAUUAUGUGCGCC